AUGCAGUGGCACUCGAGUAACAAGCAGAUCGUUGUUCUUUCUAUAAUUGCAGGUUCCUUGGGUGGCAGGACACACUUGUACUUACAUUAUGGAAAGCAAUACUUGAAAGAUUGUUACAUUGAAGGGAGUGUGGACUUCAUUUUUGGUAAUAGUACUUGCACUCUUGGAACAUUGUCACAUCCAUUGCAAGUCCGCGAGGUUUAUAACCGCACAGAGCGGAAACUCUCCACGAGAAAAAGCUGGUUAUGUAUUCCUGAG